UGCGUGUGUGCGUGCACGUGUGCUGCGUGCAAAGUAACGAGCUCCAGGUGUGACUCCCGGGGCUGGGGCCGGGUUUUUCCACCAGCAGACUCGGUCGGGGCGCCUUCUGCCCGGGCGUGAGUCAGCACACAAGUAGUUAAGUUGGCAGCUGUGCUCCCCGGGCUAGCGCAGUCGGCCUGGCCUCCGGGACUUAGCCAGCAGCACUGCUCGGCAGGGCAGAGCGGGGUCCUGACGCCCUGGGCUCUCCAGGAGGACUGACUGAGGAGUUGCUUGGGAACAAAACAGCAGCAGGUCUAGGAGAGAUGGCCAAACGCACUUUCUCCAUGCUAGAGACGUUCCUGAUCUUCCUCCUCGUGUUGAUGACCGCUAUCACAGUAGCCCUUCUCAGCCUUCUGUUUAUCACCAGUGGGACCAUCGAAAAUCACAAAGAUUCAGGUUUCCCGUCCACCCAGAGCUCCCCGACCACCGUGGGCUCCACAGCCAGUCAAGGCCCGGCACACACCAAUGGCGCUACGAUCACGCAGGCCCCUCCCGUGGUUAGCACUCCAGAGCCUCCUCUCUUCCAGAACUUCAGUGGCUACCAUAUUGGUGUUGGGCGAGCCGACUGCACAGGACAAGUAGCAGAUAUCAACUUGAUGGGCUACAGUAAGACUGGCCAGAACGCACGCGGCAUCCUCACCAGGCUGUACAGUCGAGCUUUCGUCAUCGCAGAGCCAGAUGGGUUAAAUCGAAUGGUGUUUGUCAGCAUCGACAUAGGCAUGGUAUCCCAACGCCUCAGGCUGGAGGUCCUGAACAGAUUGCAGAGUAAAUACGGCUCCCUGUACAGAAGGGACAAUGUCGUCCUGAGCGGCACUCACACUCACUCGGGGCCAGCGGGGUUUUUCCAGUACACUGUAUUUGUCAUCGCCAGCGAAGGGUUCAGCAAUCGAACUUUUGAAUACAUGGUCACUGGCAUUGUGAAGAGCAUUGAGAUGGCGCACAGAAAUAUGAAACCAGGCAAAAUCUUUAUCAACAAAGGAAUUGUGGAAGGUGCCCAGAUCAACCGAAGCCCUUCUUCCUAUCUUCAGAAUCCUGAGUCAGAGCGAGCCAGGUAUUCUUCAAAUACUGAUAAAGAAAUGGUCAUCCUAAAAAUGCAAGAUUUGAAUGGAGCUGAACUGGGCCUUCUCAGCUGGUUUGCCAUCCACCCGGUCAGCAUGAACAACAGCAAUCAUCUCGUCAAUAGCGACAACAUGGGCUAUGCCUCGUACCUUUUUGAGCAAGAGAAGAACAAAGGCUAUCUACCUGGACAGGGGCCGUAUGUAGCAGCCUUCGCUUCAUCAAACUUGGGAGAUGUGUCCCCCAAUGUUCUUGGCCCACGUUGCAUCAACACAGGAGAGUCCUGCGAUAAUGCCAAUAGCUCUUGUCCCAUUGGCGGGCCCAGCAUGUGCGUUGCUGUGGGACCUGGACAGGACAUGCUCCAGAGCACGCAGAUUAUAGGACGGAUCAUCUACAAGAAAGCGAAGGAACUGUAUGACUCCGCCUCCCAGGAAGUCACGGGACCACUGGUUGCGGCUCAUCAGUGGGUGAAUAUGACGGAUGUCACCGUCCAGCUCAACUCCACACACACAGUAAAAACGUGUAAACCUGCACUGGGCUACAGUUUUGCGGCUGGGACCAUUGAUGGAUUCGGGAGCCUCAAUUUUACACAGGGGACAACAGUAGGGGAUCCAUUUUGGGACACUCUUCGGGAUCAAAUCCUGGGCAAACCAUCUGAAGAAAUCAAAGAGUGUCAUAAACCAAAGCCAAUCCUCCUUCACACUGGAGAGUUGACAAAACCUCACCCCUGGCACCCAGAUAUUGUUGAUGUUCAGAUUGUCACGAUUGGGUACUUGGCCAUAACUGCCAUCCCUGGGGAGUUUACGACCAUGUCUGGACGGAGACUUCGAGAGGCAGUUCAAGCUGAAUUUGCAACCAAUGGGAUGGAGAAUAUGACCAUCGUGAUUUCGGGUCUGUGCAAUGUGUACACACAUUAUAUUACCACCUUUGAAGAAUACCAGGCUCAGCGGUAUGAGGCAGCAUCUACAAUUUAUGGACCACACACUCUGUCCGCGUAUAUCCAGCUCUUCCGAGGCCUCGCUAAGGCCAUUGCUACGGAUACAGUAGCCAACCUGAGCAGAGGUCCAGAGCCUCCAUUUUUCAAACAACUGAUAGCCUCCUUAAUUCCUAAUAUUGCGGAUAGAACACCGAUAGGCAAAAAUUUUGGGGAUGUUCUGCAGCCCGCGCAACCUACAUACAGAGUGGGAGAAGUUGCUGAAGUUACCUUCGUAGGCGCUAACCCGAAGAACUCAGCAGAAAACCAGACCCAUCAGACCUUCCUCACUGUUGAGAAGUAUGAGGUCACCUCAGCAUCAUGGCGGACAGUGCAUAACGACGCCUCCUGGGAGACUCGUUUCUAUUGGCACAAGGGGCUGCUGGGUCACAGCAAUGCCACGAUACAAUGGCACAUUCCAGACACCGCCCAGCCUGGAAUCUACAGAAUAAGAUACUUCGGACACAGUCGGAAGCAGGAAUUUCUUAAGCCGGCGGUCAUCCUUCCAUUUGAAAGUGCUUCCUCUGCCUUUGAAGUAGUAACUGCCUGGUGAACAGUUGAGAGGUCAUUGAAACAGCAGCUACACUCGCUGAUUUAUAAAAGUGAUUUCACAUGAAUGUACACUGUGAUGAUGACUUCGAUAAUUGUCCCUAUUGGGGGACAGGUAGUUAAUGGCGAGUGGGACCAAGGGGGGUGGUGUGUGGGGGGGUCCCGUUCUUUUUGCUCUAGGAGCUUUGCACACCUGAUGGUCUAACCCAAAUGCAUGAGUUCCCUUACGGCUGUUUGAAGGAACACGUCCCCUCAGUAGACAGUCUCUGAAAAGUGAGGGAGAGUGCUUGCAGAUAUGUGAGCAAUGGUCCAACUAUUUAUGUACAGAGUUGUUGACUGUUAGUGCUGGGGAAGAUUAAAGAGAUUGUGGACUUCGAUUCUUUCUUUUGCAGAUGGGAGCAAUGAAGUUUCGCAGAUUUAAGAUUAUCAGAGUGUCCAGGACUUCCCCCCCACCACUUGCCCCCAUCACGCUUAAAAAUAUAUAAACAC